CGAGCAUAGACCGUUAAUGGUCUAUGGGAGCGAGCUUUCCGGAUGUAGCUAACGUUCCAAUCCACACAUUUAUUGUAAACAUGGCGUCCGUGACAACAGCCACCUCAGAGUGGAUUCAGUUUUUUAAGGAUGCUGGGAUCCCAGCCGGCCUCGCAGUCACUUAUGCAGUCUCCUUUGUGGACAACAGAAUUCACAAGAACAUGCUGAUGGACCUCAGUAAAGACAUCAUGAUGGACCUCGGCAUUACAGUCAUUGGCGACAUCAUUGCCAUUCUUAAACAUGCCAAGCAGGUCUACAGGCAGGACAUGUGCAAAAUGGCCACUGAAGCCAUCUCCUCAGGACAGACCAGUGUUAAAGCUGAGCUCAGAAGAACCGCCAAUACUCCUGCCACUCGUAUGAUUGCCAAUGCUUUGAGCAGUGACUCGCCGCCGGCCACUCCAGCCCGCCGACCUGACAACCGUCUCUCGGUCACAGUGUCCAACAUGCAAGCAAACAAGAGUGGCAAAGCAGUCGUAAGUCAGCCAGCUGACGAGGGGAACGGUUUGCCAGCAGUGAAGCGUCGCCGUGUGACAGCUGAGAUGGAAGGCAAGUACAUUAUCAACAUGCCCAAAGGCUCCACGUCUCGUACACGCCGCAUCCUGGCCCAGCAGGCCAAGAAAGGUUUGAAACGCACCUCUGUGUUUGCAAGACUUGGGGCUGAAUCAAAGGCAGACACAACAACCAGCAAUACCAAGCCCACCGGUGUGUUCAGUCGUCUUGGCGGUGGGGAUGAGGAGCAAGACGGGCCGAUGCCAGGCACAACAGUUGGAAACAUCAAUGUAGACGACGAGGAGGACAGUGAUGGAGAAGGCUCCGUCCUCCAGUAUGCCGGCGUCCUCAAGAGAAGCCUUCCCUCCCAGAAGAAAGAGACGGCCACGAAACCAGCCCCGACCACCCUGCGGCGCCUGGGAGGCAAAUUCAAACUACCUCCUUCUGACACUCCCACCUCCUCCGCUUCUUCCUCCCCUAAUGGCAUCCCCCCUGCCAAGGUUAGUGUGCUUCAGAGACUGGGGAGGCUCCCUGCCACGCACCUGAGUGCCGCUGUGUCGCAAACACCUGCUGACACACAGGACAACAGAGUGACCAGCACCAGGCCCAAAGCCCAGGAGGGGCCGACCAUAGCAAGCUCCAAGGUCAGCAGCAGCACUGGGACCGGAGGAGGAGGAGGGGGGGGAGAGUCUCUGGGGGCCCAGAUGGACAUUAGGGCUAUUAGUGUUUUUAAGAGACUGGGCAGUAAGAAAACCUAACGCAUAAAUCCCUCAGAAAAGUAUUCAGACUCUUUCUAUUCUUCCUUUAUAGAAUUCACUCCUUUUCUGCAUUUAUCCUGGCAACAUGUAGUACAGCAAGUUGGAGUGUUACUUUUGUUCAGCCUGAGUUUAUGGAUGGUUUUAAUGCUGCUUUGUGGCUUUAGGGUUAUUUUUAAACAAAAAUAGAUUAUUUGUGUU